AUGUCUACUCUCCUGGAAAACAUCACUGCCAUCAUUGACCUUUUCCAACAAUAUUCAAGCAACGAUAAGGAAAAUGACACAUUGAGCAAAAAAGAGCUGGAGGAGCUACUGGAAACAGAGUUUCAGCCAAUCCUGGAGAACCCAAAUGAUCCAGAUACUGCUGAUGACUUCAUGCGUAUCCUGGAUCUAGACCACAACAAGAAAGUAGACUUCACUGAGUUUUUCCUGAUGGUAUUCAAGUUGGCCCAAGCAUAUUAUGAGUCUACAAAGAGACAGAACUUCAAAGCAUCAGGCCCAAAGCAGAAAAAGUAUGGUCACAAAUGCCAAAAUGAAGAAGAUGAAGUAGAGGAGGAGGAAAAGAUUGAAGAACAAAGAAGGAAAUCGAGUCUUUCAAGGAGGCACAGACAAACAGGGAAGAAGAGUCUGACAACAACAGACAAAAAGAAACAUAGAUCUAGCUCCAAAAAUAAAGGAAGAAGAGAUGAUUCAUCUCCUUCUGGCCACAGGGAGAAAAAUGGAAAAAACCAUCAUCACCAUACUGGUAAAAAUAAGAGGUCAAGUUUCACUGACCUAGGAGAAGAAACAAACAUCUCAAGCAUAAGCCAAAAAAGGGAAGUAGGAGAUGAGCAUAAUUAUGGUUCUGAAAACAGGGAAAGAGGAAGUGCAAGAUGGGAAUAUUCGAGCCAAGAAGAAUCAGAAGAUUCAGACAGGCAAUCUGGGCCCCCUGGAACAAACCACAAUGGAUUCACCCACCACCAGUCAAGGGGCAGGAGACACUCAGGGUUUAAUCAAGAACACAGAUCUGAUAGUCAACAGCUGCACUCUACCCACAAACACUCACUUUCUGCUGCCAGAGGAAGACAAGGAUCAAGGCAUGGACACUCUGUAGACAGCUCUACACAUUCGGACUCUGAUCAGGGAGAAAUAUCCUCCGAGGGACGGUCCAGAUCAAGCACAAAAAGUAGGCAGCAAUCCCAUCAACAUAACUCGGCAGAUCACCCCAGACACUCAGGGACUGGACGUGGACGAUCGACAAUUGAAUCUGGUGCAGGCAGCCACAGAGGUUCCAGUGUAGGCCAGGCCAGUGAUAGCGAAGGACAAUCAGAAGACUCACAGAGACAAUCUGGGUCUCCUUCAGGACACCACCAUGGAUCCAACCAGGGCCAGUCAAGAGACAGCUCAAGACACUCAGGGUAUCACCAAGGACACAGAACCACUGCCCCACACUCUCAUUCUGCCCAUGGACACUCAGAUUCUACUGCCAUAGAAUCACAAGGACCACCUUACGGACAGUCUGGAGACAGCUCUAGGCAUUCGGGCUCUCAUCAGGGAGAGACUUCUGCCCAUGGACAGUCAAGAUCAAGCACAAGAGGUAGGCAAGAAGCCCGCCAAGAGCACUCAGCAGACUGCUCCAGACGCUCAGGACCUGGACACGCACAGUCAUCAGUUGAAUCCGGGGAAGGCAGACACAGGGGAUCCAGUGUUAGCCAGGCCAGUGAUAGUAAAGGACAAUCAGAAGACUCACACAGACAAUCUGGGUAUGCUUCCACACACUACCAUGGAUCUACCCACGGCCAGUCAAGAGAUAGCUCCAGACACUCAGGGUCUCAUCAAGGGCACAGAGCCGAUGCCUCACAGUCUCACUCUGCCCAUGGACACUCAGAUUCUACUGCCAGAGGAAGACAAGGGUCUUCUCAUGGACAUUCUGUAGACAGCUCCAGGCAUUCAAGUUCUCACCAGGGAGAAACAUCCGCCCAUGGACAGCCCAGAUCAAGCACAAGAGGUAGGCAGGAGUCCCACCAAGAGCACUCAGCAGACCACGCCAGACAAUCAGGAACUGGACAUGGACGAUCGCCAAAUGAAUCUGGCGCAGGCAGAGACAGGGGAUCCAGUGUUAGCCAGGCCAGUGACAGCGAAGGACAAUUAGAAAACUCACACAGACAAUCUGGGUACGCUUCUAGACACCACCAGGGGUCCACCCAUGGCCAGUCAAGAGACUACUCCGGACACUCAGGGUCUCAUCAAGGGCACAGAGCCGAUGCCUCACAGUCACACUCUGCCCAUGGAAACUCAGAUUCUACUGCCAGAGGAAGACAAGCAUAUUCUCAUAGACAGUCUGUAGACAGCUCUAGGCAUUCGGGCUCUCACCAGGGAGAGACUUCUGCCCAUGGACAGUCAAGAUCAAGCACAAGAGGUACGCAAGAAUCCCCCCAAGAGCACUCAGCAGACCGCUCCACGCACUCAGGGGCUGGACACACACACUCAUCAGUUGAAUCUGGGGAAGGCAGACACAGGGGAUCCAGUGUUAGCCAGGCCACUGAUAGCGAAGGACAAUCAGAAGACUCACACAGACAAUCUGGGUAUGCUUCGACACACUACCAUGGAUCUACCCACGGCCAGUCAAGAGAUACCUCCAGACACUCAGGGUCUCAUCAAGGGCACAGAGCCGAUGCCUCACAGUCUCACUCUGCCCAUGGACACUCAGAUUCUACUGUCAGGGGAAGACAAGGGUCUUCUCAUGGACAUUCUGUAGACAGCUCCAGGCAUUCAAGUUUUCACCAGGGAGAAACAUCCGCCUGUGGACAGCCCAGAUCAAGCACAAGAGGUAGGCAGGAGUCCCACCAAAAGCACUCAGGAGAACGCUCCAGAGACUCAGGGACUGGACGUGGACAAUCGCCAAAUGAAUCUGGUGCAGGCAGACACAGGGAAUCCAGUGUUAGCCAGGCCAGUGAUAGCGAAGGACAAUCAGAUGACUCACAGACACAAUCUGGGUAUGCUUCUAGACACCACCAGGGGUCCACCCACGGCCAGUCAAGAGACAACUCCAGAAACUCACGAUCUCAUCAAGGGCACAGAGACGAUGGCCCACAGUCUCACUCUGCCCAUGGACAUUCAGAUUCUACUGCCACAGGAAGACAAGGAUCGUCUCAUGGACAGUCUGUAGACAGCUCUAGGCAUCUGGGCUCUCAGCAAGGAGAAACUUCCGCCCAUAGACAGUCAAGAUCAAGUACAAGAGGUAGGCAAGAAUCCCACUUAGAGCACUCAACAGACCGCUCCAGACACUCAGGGGCUGGACAUGCACAGUCAUCAUUUGAAUCCAGAGCAGUAAGACACAGGGCACCCAGUGUUAGCCAGGCCAGUGACAGCGAAGGACAAUCAGAAGACUCACACAGACAAUCUGGGUAUGCUUCCACACACUACCAUGGAUCUACCCACGGCCAGUCAAGAGACAGCUCCAGACACUCAGGGUCUCAACAAGGGCACAGAGCCGACGGACCACAGUCACAUCCUGCCCAUGUACACUCAGAUUCUACUGCGAGAGGAAGACAAGGAUCGUCUCAUGGACAGUCUGUAGACACCUCUAGGCAUUCGGGCUCUCACCAGAGAGAGACUUCCGCCCAUGGACAGUCAAGAUCAAGCACAAGAGGUAGGCAAGAAUCCCGCCAAGAGCACUCAGCAGACCACUCCAGGCACUCAGGGGAUGGACGUGGACAGUCAUCCGCUGAAUCCGGAGAAGGCAGACACAGGGGAUCUAGUGUUAGCCAGGCCAGUGAUAGCGAAGGACAAUCAGAAGACUCACACAGACAAUCUGGGUCUGCUUCAGGACACCACCAUGGAUCCAACCAUGGCCAGUCAAGAGACAGCUCAAGACACUCAAGGUAUCACCAAGGACGCAGAGCCACUGCCCCAAACUCUCAUUCUACCCAUGGACACUCAGAUUCUACUGCCAUAGGAUCACAAAGACCAUCUUAUGGACAGUCCGUAGACAGCUCUAGGCAUUCAGGCUCUCAUCAGAGAGAGACUUUCACCCAUGGACAGUCAAGAUCAAGCACAAGGGGUAGGCAAGAAUCCCGCCAAAAGCACUCAGCAGACCACUCCAGACACUCAGGGACUGGACAUGGGCAAUCGCCAAAUGAAUCUGGUGUACGCAGACACAGGGGAUCCAGUGUUAUCCAGGCCAGUGACAGCGAAGGACAAUCAGAAGACUCACAGACACAAUCUGGGUAUGCUUCUAGACACCACCAGGGGUCCACCCACGGCCAGUCAAAAGACAACUCCAGACACUCAGGAUCACAUCAAGAGCACAGAGCCGAUGGCCCAGAGUCUCACUCUGCCCAUGGGCACUCAGAUUCUACUGCCAGAGGAGGACAAGGAUCAUCUCAUGGACAGUCUGUAGACAGCUCCAGGCAUUCGGACUCUCAGCAAGGAGAGACUUCUGCCCAUGGACAGUCAAGAUCAAGUACAAGAGGUAGGCAAGAAUCCCACUUAGAGCACUCAGCAGACCGCUCCAGACACUCAGGAGCUGGACAUGCACAGUCAUCAUUUGAAUCCAGAGCAGUAAGACACAGGGGACCCAGUGUCAGCCGAGCCAGUGAUAGGGAAGGACGAUCAGAAGACUCACACAGACAAUCUGGGUCUGCUUCCACACACUACCAUGGAUCUACCCACAGCCAGUCAAGAGACAGCUCCAGACACUCAGGGUCUCAUCAAGGGCACAGAGCCAACAGACCACAGUCACAUCCUGCCCAUGGACACUCAGAUUCUACUGCGAGAGGAAGACAAGGAUCGUCUCAUGGACAGUCUGUAGACACCUCUAGGCAUUCGGGCUCUCACCAGAGAGAGACUUCCGCCCAUGGACAGUCAAGAUCAAGCACAAGAGGUAGGCAAGAAUCCCGCCAAGAGCAUUCAGCAGACCACUCCAGGCACUCAGGGGAUGGACGUGGACAGUCAUCCGUUGAAUCCGGAGAAGGCAGACACAGGGGAUCUAGUGUUAGCCAGGCCAGUGACAGUGAAGGACAAUCAGAAGACUCACACAGACAAUCUGGGUCUGCUUCAGGACACCACCACGGAUCCAACCAUGGCCAGUCAAGAGACAGCUCAAGACACUCAGGGUAUCACCGAGGACACAGAGCCACUGCCCUAAACUCUCAUUCUACCCAUGGACACUCAGAUUCUACUGCCAUAGGAUCACAAGGACCAUCUUAUGGACAGUCCGUAGACAGCUCUAGGCAUUCGGGCUCUCACCAGAGAGAGACUUUCACCCAUGGACAGUCAAGAUCAAGCACAAGAGGUAGGCAAGAAUCCCGCCAAGAGCACUCAGCAGACCGCUCCAGGCACUCAGGGGAUGGACAUGGACAGUCAUCAGCUGAAUCCGCGGAAGGCAGACACAGGGGAUCCAGUGUUAUCCAGGCCAGUUACAGCGAAGGACAAUCAGAAGACUCACACAGACAAUCUGGGUAUGCUUCCACACACUACCAUGGAUCUACCCACGGCCAGGCAAGAGAUAGCUCCAGACACUCAGGGUCUCAUCAAGGGCACAGAGCCGAUGCCUCACAGUCUCACUCUGCCCAUGGACACUCAGAUUCUACUGCCACAGGAAGACAAGGAUCGUCUCAUGGACAGUCUGUAGACAGCUCUAGGCAUUCGGACUCUCAGCAAGGAGAAACUUCCGCCCAUGGACAGUCAAGAUCAAGUACAAGAGGGCACCCAGUGUUAGCCAGGCCAGUGACAGCGAAGGACAAUCAGAAGACUCACACAGACAAUCUGGGUAUGCUUCCACACACUACCAUGGAUCUACCCACGGCCAGUCAAGAGACAGCUCCAGACGCUCAGGGUCUCAUCAAGGGCACAGAGCCGACAGACCACAGUCACAUCCUGCCCAUGCACACUCAGAUUCUACUGCCAGAGCACGACAAGGAUCUUCUCAUGGACAGCCUGAAGACAGCUCUAGGCAUUCGGGCUCUCAUCAGGGAGAGACAUCCACCCGUGGAGAAUAUAGAUCAAGCACAAGAGAUAGGCAAGAAUCCCUCCAAGAGCACUCAGCAGAUCACUCCAGACACUCAGGGGCUAGAAACGCACAGUCAUCUUUUGAAUCCGGGGCAGGCAGACACAGGGGAUCCAGUGUUAGCCAGGCCAGUGAUAGUGAAGGACAAUCAGAAGAUUCACACAGACAAUCUGGGUUUGCUUCCACACAGUACCAUGGAUCUACCCAUGGCCAGUCAAGAGACAGCUCCAAACACUUAG